CUUUUCCUCUUCUCUGUGUAUAAACAACUCUUUCUUCUUCUUCACUUUCAGAUUUUCGUCUUUCACCAUUUCUCUUUCUCAGAGAGAAAAAUUCAGUCUUGUUGAUUGAAUUUGAAUUGAAUUUUCAGCUUAAUAUAGAAGUAAUGGAUUUUUGAUAAGUGUUAUUGGAUGUUUCAAGGAGGAGCAAUCUUGUUGUUAUCGUUAUAGCGGAUCGUUGGCAGUAAUUGAUUGUUCAAAUGUGGAAAAAGGUGAUAAGUGAAGAACUAAGAUAUCGGAUCGAUUCAUUUUAUUGUUUUGCUUAUUGAUUGUAAAAUAAAGCUAAAGAAUGGGUGAAGUGGAUAGUAUUGAACUGAAAUUCAGAAUUUUUGAUGGUACGGAUAUUGCUCAUACGAAUUACGCUUCUACUACUACUGUUGCAACUCUCAAGGAACGUCUUGUUGCACAAUGGCCUCAAGCACUCUUUGGAACGUCCUACGCACUGAAACCUGUUUUAGCUGCAUGGAGGAAUCUAUGUACUGAUGUUGAUAGAAUGGGAGGUUAUGCAGGAUAUGGUUCACACACAAAGAAAGAAAUAUCAUAUGGCUCUUUAUCUCUAGAAGAUAAAACAGUCAUUCCCAAGUCAGUAAAUGAUGUGAAACUCAUAUAUGCUGGAAAAGUUUUGGAAAACACCAAGACACUUGCGGAAUCCAGAAUACCAUUUGGUGACCUACCUGGUGGGGUUACCACAAUGCAUGUGGUGGUGCAACCUUCUUUAGCUAGAAAGAAGACAGAUAAGAAUCACGACGAUAUACCAAAUCCAAAAGUGUGCUCCUGUACAAUCCUUUAGUUGCAGAGUUGUGUUCCUCAAGCCCGACAUUAUACAGAUGACAAUCCCAUUAGAUAUCUCUUCCGUUUUUCUUUAUAUCUUUUUGUGAUUGCCAAACCAUCAACAGUAUCCAGGUAUUCUUACUGUUGCCAUCUCCAUUUGUAGUUUUUAUUGUCGUCAUUGUUUGUUCUUGUUGGUCUCGGUGUUGUAAUCAUCUGUUAUGAAGUGGUGAUGUGAGGCUCAACAAAAUAUGUACUGCUUCCUAAAUGCAAUAUAUACAUCGGAAAGCUCUUAUUUCCAUCCAUCAUUUUUAUUGGAAGUUUUA